AUGAUUUUUAAAAUACUUGAAGGAUUUCAUAUUCAUCACUACAAAGAAGUUGUGAGUACUAAUAUAGAAGCAUUGGAUUUAAUUAAUAAGAAAAUAUCGAAUGAAACUGCCAUAAUUGCCAAUAAACAGAGCGGUGGCAAAGGGCGCGCAGGAAAAAUUUGGAUUUCCCCUGAGGGAAACCUCCAUGUAAGCUUGAUAAUAAAUCAAGUGACGGAUAUUAAUAAAUUAACAGAGUUCACCUUUAUUGCCGCUUUAGCUGUUGGAAAUACAUUACUAUCAUUAAAAAGUGAUCUACAUCUUCAAUAUAAAUGGCCUAAUGAUGUUUUGAUUGAUAACAAAAAAAUUAGUGGAAUAUUAUUAGAAAAAAAAAUCAACUCAAGUUGGAUGGUGAUAGGAAUUGGAAUUAAUAUAACCUCUGCACCACUCCAAGAAACAACUUGCAUUAGUGACUAUAGUAAUCCUGUGCUCAAUACAAAUCUACUAAAGGAGUUAAUAAUAAACUUUAACAGAUUAAGAAAACAGUGGCUACUUUGUGGAUUUUAUGAUAUACAAAAAAUCUGGUUAAAAAGAGUAUUUAAGUUAAAUGAGCAAGUUAGCAUAAGGCUGGCCGAUCAACUAUACACUGGUACUUUUACUGAUAUAGACGAAUACGGCAGAUUAGUAUUGCAGCAAGAAAAUAAAAACUUGAUUUACUUUAAUACUGGUGAACUAUUUGAUAUAUUAUGAAUACAUAUGUAAUCGCCGCUUACUUUUUUAGUUUUAUAUUGAUUAUUGGAGAACUUAUUUUUACAUUUCAUUUUCACAGAAAAAGCAAGAGGAUUUUGGAAGAUAUAAACAAAAGUAAUGAAGAAAAAACAUAAGAGGUUACUUCUAUCCUCGGGACUUUUCUGUUUUUUAAGCUGUAUAGUUUUUUUUACUUUAGCAGCUCUUAGGGAUAAUAUUUCAUUUUUUUAUACGCCUAGUGAGGUACCAAGUACAGAAAAACCCAUACGUAUUGGCGGCGUGGUAAUUGAAGGUAGUGUUGUUCGCAAUAAAAGUGAAGUAAUUUUUCGGGUAACAGAUUUUAACAAAAGUGUGAAAGUGAUAUACAAAGGGAUCCUUCCACCUAUGUUNGCUCCGUAUGGAUUGCUUGGAUUUUGGUUUGUAGAGGUUGGGGAAAUCAUUCAUGUCAAAGAAGGUAUGGAUAUUUAAAUACAUCACUACUCAUAUUAAUGGCUAUGUGUGUUAUAAGUCUAGCUUACGUUGCAUAUUCUGAAUAUACUGUAGAAUCUGUUGAGUAGAUGGACACAAGUAAUUUGGAUAAAAGGUAGAUGUUUAAAGGAAUAAUCGCAGAUAUCGGGACCAUAAUUAAUAUCAAUCCUGAUCAAAUUUUUUAUAUCAAAACAGAGAAUCUAUCCUCUAUAAAUAUGGGAGAUUCUAUUGCUUGUGCUGGCGUGUGUUUGACUAUUAUUGAUAUCAUAGAUGAUGUAUUUGCAGCUCAAGUGUCCAGGGAAACCUUGAAAGCCACAAAUUUAAAUACCUGGAAAAUAGGUACAAAAAUAAACUUAGAGCAAGCCACUAAGCUUAGCGAUAGAAUUGAUGGACAUUUAGUGCAGGGUCAUAUUGAUGGAAUAGUGAGGAUUUUAAUGAUUAAUCAAAACCUGAGUUCUCGUGAAAUAAAGCUGUUAUGUCCACAUGAAUUAACUAAAUUUAUAGCAAAAAAAGGCUCUGUGACUCUAGACGGGAUUUCCCUUACUGUAAAUUCAAUUGUUAAUCAAGAAUUCACAGUCAAUAUAAUUCCCUAUACAUGGCAAAGUACAACCUUUCAGUACAGUAAAGUUAAUGAUUUUCUUAACCUUGAAGUUGAUAUCAUUGCUAGAUAUUUACAUCGACUGUUGCGGAAUUAA